AUGUCCAAGAAGUCAACAAGAAUUAAAGCAGGUUUAAUAUCAAACAGAACAGCAAAACUUGCUGCAAAUCUUCAUAUUGAUGAAAUAGCAAGAAGUGGUGAAGAUUGGACUGAUGAUGCAAUAAAAAUUGAAGGUACACGAAGAGUAUUAAAUGUUUGUGAAAAAAAUCCAAUUGAUGAACAUCCAUUAAAUUAUGAUGAAUAUAAUCCAUUUAAUAUUUGUGCUGCAUCCAAUGUACCACAUUUAUCAGUAUGAAAUUUAAAAAUGAAACUGAAUUUAAUUUAAAGUAAUCUUUAAUUCUUGUUUAGUGAAAAUCCAUUAUCCGGUGCAGUCCAUUUACCGGAAUUUAUAGGACAAUUAUGUCGAGUUACAAAAGCAACUGAAAUCGGAAUUCUAAUUCUAUUUCAUUAUUAUUAAUUUUUAAUGCAUAUAUUGAUCAUUUUGAAAAAGUAACUUAUCAUUAAAACGUUUUUCUUUUAUUUCAAGAUAAAGAAAUCCGUUUCUAAAACGAAAAUUUAAAAUCAAUACAUUUGUUUGAAGUAAGUUCCCUUCAGUAGACAUGGAAAUUCUAUGAUAAUACACAAGAAUAAAUAAUCUCGAUUUAUAAAACGACAUCAAUGCAAUUGAGUACUUUAUAAUUGUUUAAGAAAUUUUAUCGUCAUGAUUUCAUUUGAUAUUCAACCUUUGCAAUAUCUCGAUUGACUAACUCAAUUAGUAACCUACGCACAUGUAUUAAGUCAUUAAUAAGACUAAGAGAUAAUUAAGAGAGGGUCCGCCAGAAAACCAGAUAUAAAAAAGGGAGUUGGCCGUGGACAAAAUUUUGAUUUUGCAUUUGAUCUUCUCAAAUGAAAGGCCUUUUAGAGUUAGUACUAAAUCC